CAGGAUAACAUUUAAAAUUUGUUUAUGCUGAAGAAAAUGUUUGCGCAUGCUCUUAAUUCAAAGACUUCUGUCACUUUGUGGCGCAGACCUUCAAAAAUUCCAUCAAUUAACCAAAAAUAUCUUUGUUUAUAUUUUCGUGGAGAUGUCCAGUCAGUCCAGCAUUACGCGCAUUACUCAUGCAAAUCGAGAAACACCUUAAUCGCAGUGCAGCGGUAAAAAAUGUUGAAACGGGAGUGGUGUUAAGCAAGCAUAACGAAGUGCCAACACCAACAUGAUCGAGACCUGAAGCUGGAAAUGCCGUCGGCGUCGCCUCCAGCAGCGAAUGGUAAAUUUAUCUACAUAAAUUACUCCUCAACAUCUACAAAAUUUAACAUCCAACGGUGGUGGGUCUUGUAAACUUAAAAAAACUUUCUGGUUUGGGGUGCUACGUUGUGUUAAAAGAAGAAACUAGAAAAUCAAUAAACGGCCGAGUGCGGUCUGAGCAUGCCUGCAGUUUGUCACCCUGAGUAAAUGUAAACCCCUGUCAACCCUGUCUCAUUCACGAAACGCACGAAGCCACCCCCGUGAGGCAAAUCGCCAACACGCUCCGGCUGCCGGCAAUUAACUACCAAUCGAUAUGCGGCGAAUCACCGCAAGUUCACGCAAUUAAAUUCGGUUCCGACGCGUUUCCCAGCGCGGCCAGUAACGUCUUUCGGGCCGCGGACGAGCGCCACCCCCUUCAGCUAAGAUAUGUUUAGUCAAUGAUGAUAUGUGAUAGAUGAGUGUGCAGGCCUGAAUGCUGCUGGUAAUUGUAAGCAACGAACAAAAUAAACAAUGCAAACACUACGAAAGAAAACCAGUCCACUCAAAUUUUUUUCAGACAAAAAUGAAACCUCUCGAUUCCUGGGAGAAGGGGUGAGCUUCAAGGCGAAGCUCAUCGGAAUCCUGGAGGUUUCAGAGGCGCGCGGUGAUCGAAUGUGCCAGGAAGCACUUGCCGAUUUGAAAAUGGCAAUUCGGGCUGCUGGUGAACACAAGCAGCGCAUCACGAUUAACAUCGCUAUCGACGGUCUUCGUCUGCGUGACGAAAAGACCGGCGAUUCCUUAUAUCAUCAUCCUGUACAUAAGAUAUCAUUCAUCGCGCAGGACAUGAGCGAUUCAAGGGCUUUCGGGUAUAUUUUUGGAUCGCCAGACACUGGCCAUCGUUUUUUCGGCAUCAAAACUGAUAAAGCUGCUAGUCAAGUUGUAAUUGCUAUGAGAGACUUAUUUCAAGUGGUUUUUGCACUGAAAAAGAAAGAGAUUGAAUUAGCAAAGCAGCAUCUGGACAAAUCAAGAUACAGCACGUCACCGCUGUUCUCCGAACGCUCUCUCAGUUCAAAAAGCAAUUUGCAAGAUACCUCAACGAAAUUAUCGUCAGAAGCCAAGGGCGCGACUGCCUCAUCAUCUGAGCAUCGUUCCACGCCAGCUGUCGCUGAUUUAGUCGACUUGGAACUCGAACUUAACAGUUUACAGCAAGGAUUAACUCAGAUGGAACGUAUCACACCAUCGGAUCCUUUCGGACGAGGUGGAGAAGAUCCAUUUGGUGAUAGUUUCACAUCUUUUUCGAAAGGAAUUCUGCCACCGCCGCCAUCUUCAGGUCGUGAUCGUUCCACUCGCGUUUCAGAAUCGAGCAGUAUUUUCAGCCCCAAGACGCCGCACACAGUCGGCGGCGCAUCGUGCGAUUCGUCCAGCGCCGCUGACUUAUUCAACAGCAGCCGCGAUACACCCAAGGAUUUCAGCUUCAACGAGUUCAACAGCAGCCAUGAUGAGCCGAGCAGUGGUGACUGGUUCACCCCACCGGCGGGUAAUAGUCUUUUUGAAGACGCGCCUUCCUCGCUGCCGCCCACCGCUGGCAUCACCGACAAGGAGAAGCAGCACGAGCAGGCGAAACAAGAUAUUCUCUCGCAAUUCGACGUCUUUACCGAACUCGAUCCUUUAGGUACGAAGACUUACCAGACCAAUAACCAGCCGAUAGGCACUGGAAAAAUAAAGCCUUACGUCGACAAGAAACACUUCUUCCAAGAGUUGAAGAAUCCGCCGAAGAAAGUGCUUAACGAUUUGGUCACCGAGUCGACGACAAUGGCGAGCGCUCCACCGAUUGAAUCGCAUUCCAUAUCCACAAACUCGAUAUCAAACUUUGCGGCGACGUUCGAUCAGUCGGGCAGUGGCAGCGCGAGUUCCAGUGCUACGGCGAUGAACGUUUCCUCGAACAGUAUUUAUAACAAUGAUCCAUUCGGUGAGGAUCCCUUUGAUCAAACUGAUCCAUUCGCCGAAGCUGAUUUCAAAGUGUUUGAAAACGACAUGAGCGAUUAUAAAUUGUUUAAUAACGGUUCAGCAAGCGCACCACCUACCGCCAAAUUAAACGAACUUGGUGAUAAAGUAACAGCUACCACACCUAAAGGCGGAAUGAGCGGCGAUUUGAGUCAAUUGUUUAAAGCUGAUUUUGAAUUUACCGGUAGUAGUGCAUCAACUACGCGCAGAUUAUUUGACCAUCAAAGCUUUGAUAUGUCUUCGGAAGGCGAGGCACCUGAUCCACCGCCGCGUCCAACGAAUACGCUUAUCAAACCGCCGCCAUUGCCGCCCAAGAAACAAAAUACCAUUGACUUGUCAAUGAAAGCGCCGCCUCGACCACCCCAGGAAUCUCACUAUGAUUAUAUGGAUAGAUAUGAAACAAAAUUCUCGAGUACUUUGACACCUGCAAGCGAUGAUAAUCCGCCAUUGCCCGCACCUGCGCGGAAAACAACGCAAAGUCGCUUUGAAUCAGACUUUGUUACGAAGGAGGAUGAUUAUCUUACACCGAUUGGUUUACUUCCGCCGCCGAAGAGCACGAAACGACGUGCGGAAAGUCCCAACGUGCAGGAUACCACAUCAGCCACGCCCUCAAGCUUAACCACUCCCACUAACUUUAACCAAACUAGCUUGCCCACACCCAUCACGAUGUCUUCCGAGCCAUCGACAGAGGCCGGCCAUCAAUUCAAUGACUUAUCUCUGGACACGUUAGAUAUCACAUUAAGUCAGCUUACGCUAAGCGGGCUGAACGAGUUCGCUGCGAAACUGAAUAUACCUCCUAGUCAACUAAGCAAUAUGACGCUUGUGCAAUUAACUAGUUACCUAUCAAAUUUUGUUAAAAACAAUAAAACGGAGAGUGAGCAGCGCUCGAAAUCACCACUUGUCGAAACGAACUUCACACGCUUAUCACCGCUUUCAACACAUUCCACUGCGCCUCCUGCGGUGGAAACCAAAAUAGAAAAUACUCAUGUUAUAUCGGCUGACUUUGCCGAUUUCAAUCAGUUUAACGCACAGACGAUCUCACAGCCAGUCAUGGCACCAUCACCCUAUGAUAGAUACGCUGCUUUCAGAGAAUUAUUACAAGAUGACGACGAAAUUAUAAAGACUACGAGUAUAGACGAUGUUGAGGAACAAGAAGAACCUGCGGAAGUUGCAGAAAACGACGAUAACAAGAAUACUAUUGAAGCUAUUCAAACCAGUAAUGAUUUUUCUGCUUGUAAUGUAAGUCCGCGUAUUACACCGCAGAAUGAAAUUCUGAACGUCACCGAUGAUAUUGUGAAUGUUACACAUGUGACUACUAUUACUAGUGUUACUAUUACUAGUACUGUUGCAAAAACUGAUACAAAACAGUCGGCGAUUGAUAGAUAUGCGGCUUUAAGGGAAAUAUCCAUUGCUGAAGAAAUGCGUUCAACAGAAGACAUCGACACAAUCGAAGAAGAUGAAGAGGAAGAAGACGAUGAAGCUGAUAUUGAUGCGUCAGCUUCCGGAGAACUUGACGCGGACGAUGCAGAAGAGGAUAAUCAUCAAUUGACUACAAUUGAUGAAGUUAUCACUGAACAAAACAACAUAAAUGAUGAUAAAAACUCGUCGGAGAAUGAUUUGAAUAUGCCAAUCGCAGAUAUGCAGAUUAUAGAUGACGUUAAGAACGACAACACAGAAAAUACAACGUUUAAAAACUUCGAAGUCAUACAAAUGCAGAGACAGAAUAAUAUUAAAGAGGAAAUUAUUGCACAGAGUGGGUCAUUAUCUGAUGUUAUCAGUGGAAGUUCUCCAGACGUUGAUGAUAAUCGUGAUACGGAACCUGUGAAGAAAGAGGAAAGCUGGGCUUGUUUCAAUCAACCAAACUUGAUUGGCGAAGAUGUUAAAGAGAGUAAAGUUCAGAGUGAAGAGGGUGUAUCACCGUGGUCAAGCGAUUCGAAAGAGUUUGGUAAUGGUUCGCCUACAGAUUGGCGUGCUAGGAGAGACAGUGGCAGUGGUGAUCGUUGGUCUAGUGGCGGUGGAGGAGGAGUAGGAAGUGGUGCUAGAUUAGGACGAAGUCAAGAAGGUUGGUGGGACACGUCGGCCGAACCAGAAACACCGUAUUACAAUCGUCGAUCCACGGAUAGCUUUGAGGAUGAGGGAUAUGAUUACUAUGACAGACCACGCAGGGCACGGCGUCCACCGGCCAGUGUUACUGGGAGUGUGCGAGAUGAGUCGUGGUUUAAUCAACCUAGUGGUGGACAUUCUUCCAGUUCAAGAGAUGUGAGUCCAUGGGAAGAGGAACCACGAAGGCGGGACGGGCGUCAAUCAUGGGCGUCACGACAUAGCAGGUCUUCCUUUGAACGGCACGCUGGUGAAAGAUGGCGACAUGCGGAUAGUUGGGAUGAGGAUGAUGAUUAUGAGUAUGAGGAUGAAAGGUUCCAUUGGCAUUCGGAACGUCCGCAUCCGAGGGAUAUUGAGGGAUGGGAAGAUAGAAGGAUGCGUAGUAGUGGCAGGACGAGAAGAGAUGUUGAUCGAGAGCGGUGGUGCUGUCCUGAUUAUGACGCGAAAGACGUUCCAGAACCGCUUAGUCGCUACAGUAGCGGAAGAUGGUCGAAUCCAGACAGAAGAAAACAUGAUGAAAGAUAUUACACACGUGACUCACAAGAAUCGCCCUGGGAGGACGAGUAUGGCAACGAAAUGGAACCGCAUUAUCUCACAGCGCGUCGUACUCGUAUACGGCCGAGCAGCGCGACGGAAAUGGAUCGUAAAACUGGCGAGAUUAAAGGUCGAGGACAAUUUCAUCUUGGACACGGGAGUGAUGGUGAACGUGAUCGUCGAUACAAGUCUAGUAGACGUUCGAAGAGUCGUGAUUCGCAGUAUUCUGAACCACCACGUCUCUCGCGUCAGCUAGAACCGCCUCUUCGUGGACCACUGCGUAGACAGCAUCAAAAACUCGAAGAUUACGAUUCGCCUAUGCAGGCAGCACCCAAGGCGCUUCUGAAAGAACCGCCGCCGAGUGCGAAGAAGACGAAUACAAUGAGCGGGCGCAAGUCUCGCUCCAAGGAGAGUCCCAAGACUGAGGAGACAAACACGUUUCCGCGCAAAUCUCGCGCUGACACGGCAUCGCGUCCGUUGCAGGAGGUACAACCGGCGCAGUCGAUGUUCGAGAACGAUUUUGUGCAAUUUGGCGACUUGGAAACACCGCCAAUGGGAGAGAAAUGGUUUAAGAAGCCGGCGGCCCCAAAGGUGCAGGCUACGCCGAAACUGCCGCCUGUUCAAACACGCGCGCAGCAUAAAUACAGACAGAAAUCACUUUUUGAAGAUGAUUUCUCGCCUAGCGAUAAGGAAAAGCCUAUGGAAUUGCCUUCGACCGGUGGAAAUGUGCCGGUUGUUGAUCAAGCGCAUGCGGAAGAAGCAACGGAUUGCCUCGGGACAAACAAUUUUACACGCGUAAAUAGUGGCGGAAAGAAACGCCUGAAUCGGAUUUCACAGCUGGAGAACAAUUUGAAGAAGUCUGAAUCAGUGAAUAUAUUUGCCAGGGAAAAUGAUCCGUUUGACGACGAUUUCUUCAGUGCAGAGAAUGCCAAUGGGGAUAACAAAUGGGCGCAUCAUUUUGAUAUGGAUGAUAAUCGGACGUAAUUGCUUGUUAAAAGUCUAUUCUCUUAAAGAGAGCGAGUGACUGGCAUGAAUAUGAUACUCAUACACAACACGGGUCUAUACUUGUACUAAUUUAUAGCAAUUUUCAACGGCGUCGGGAUGGUUGAUGUUUGGAACAACAUGGAUAAAAGUGAUUGCGAAUUUGUAUGUACUAUUUAAAUAUGAACGAACAAAUUAUAGGCAUCAAUUUAAUUAAUACUAAUUCUAUUAAUAAAAUUAAUAUAUAAACAAA